CGCUGUACAACGAGAACCGAUGUGCGAUUUGUGUGCUUAUAAAAUGCUGUUGUGCUUUUAAAUGCCAGAGUCAAGACGGAGCGCUUACAUGAUUUUCCUCACAGUAUGACAAAAUUUCUUGACGUGAACGGAUGCAUCAACCCAUAGAGUCUCUAUCGUCAUAGUCGUCGGAAUCGGUACUUUAGCCGUUUUCGAUAUUCACGCAAAAUAAAAGCGACCAAACGAAAAAAAAAAAAAAGAUACAAAAGAGCGAGAGAUACCGAGACACAAGAGAAUUUUACACAGCAUUGUGAACAUACCGAUGGAUUGCGAAUGUGAAUCGUAAUCAGUUGUAUAUUGUUGCUUGUUUCGUGUGUUUCAAUUUUUUCAAACAUAGUUUUCGGUUUUGUUUUUAUUGAAUAAAUUUCUGCGUGAGUUUUUUCUAUUUCGGUUUUCAUUGCAUGAAUGUGGGAAAAAAGAACCGAGGAGCGAAAUAGAAAGAGAGAGAGAGAGAGAGAGAGAGUGAUAUGCAACGUGCAAUGCCAAUCAUAAACUGAUUUGUGAAAAAUGAACAAGCAAAAUGCUUAACCGUUUCAAAUGAUUUUCAUUGAAAAUUCAAACAGACAAUGAACGCUCAACUCGAAAUGCAAACUGAAUGAACAGUCGGUUUUAUUCAUGAGCAUCGAUACACUUUUUACACCGAUACAACCCGAUGAUCUGACACACAAAAUACACCGACUCCUUGAAGAAUGGAAUUAAAAACUGAAUUAUUGAAUUAAAACCACUUGUUUAACUGCAAAAAUAUAACGAACUCAGUGGAAAUUGAAGAAAUUCGAAGGAUGAGGUACAAUUCUUUCAUCGAAUCUGUGUGUGAAUCGUGAUAAAACAAAUGUUUUAAUGUUAUCAAUAAAAUAAAAAAAAUAACUAUAAAUUGAUGUUUAAUACAAAUCAUAAGCACUAAACGAAAAUUUAAGUGAAGAACGAAAGUGAAAAAGAUUCUUAAGAACAGAGCGAAAUUGAAUACGUUCAAGCGAAUCAAGCUUUCGGAAAAGAAUUCAAAUCCCAAGCUUCGAAAUAAAACCUGUGCAUAAAACUCAACGGCCAACCAGUUGCUUUGCGAAUCGAAAAAGAAUCGUGUGAAAUGAUGAGUGUGCAAAUGAGAAUAGCGCGACGACCGCAUUAAUUUGGCGUACGUUCAUCGUUUAUUACUUUAUUUUUUUAUUGACAUCAUUUGAUAUUGAUGCUUUUGCUCUCACUCUUCGAUCUCAAUCGAUGGCAGCGAUGAAUUCGAAUAAAAUUUGUGUUUUAUUUAUGCUCUCCAAACGUGAUAGACAAACGCAAAAAUAGCCAAAUACGCACACGACAGACAAAUUGAAACGCGCUUUCGCAAAGAUAGAGAAUAGAAAAAAAAGAGCAUACACAUUACGUGAAUCUAAUGAGAAAACGCAUACACGACGACAAGAACAGCGCAAACACAACAUCAGCCGUCGACUCGUUGUUUUCAUCUUGGUGUGUCUUUGAAACAAUUGACAUAGAAAUCAUUUGCAUUUGAAUUGUGCGCGUACCGAACACAAAACAGCAUUUUUUCGAUUUUUGGCAGCUCGAUCACGUACAACGAAGACACGAAAAAAAGAAGAAUUUGGAGAAAAAAAUUCGGAGAAUUUGAAUAAAGAAUAACAACAAAAACAACAACAACAACGACGAUUGAAAAACGAGAACAACGCCACCAGCUCAACAUACAAUGAAAUUGUCGUAGGGCAAAACAGGAACAACAGCAACAACAGAGGAAAAAAAACCAGCAACACAUCGAUUUAAAUACAAAUAAAUCAGUUGGGAAGAAGGAAAAAAAAACGAGGGGAGAAAAAUAAACGGGUACAUGCAGGAGCUUUCAUUCGGUUGUUGACUGUAUGUAGCGCUAUAAAUGUGUGACUCACAAAUCACAAUUCAAUGCACCAAUAUCCAUGAAUACGAUCAUGAAAUCUGCUGGUUUCGUCUACAUGUAUAUGUGCGUCUAUACGAAUAUUAUGGUUGUCGGUGAACUGUUCACAUUGGGCUAUUUGACUGGAUCACAGCGGCGAUCAGGAAAUUUAGAGUAUGCCAAACCAGGUCUGAUGAUAUCGGGUGCAAUAUCGUUGGCUGUGGAGGAAAUCAAUAAUCAUGGAAAAUUGAAGGAAAUGGGUCAUUCCUUAGAAUUCAAAGUGGCUGAAACAUAUGGCGAAGAAGUGUCAAGUAUACGACAAACGGCCGCACUUUGGACCGAUAAAGUGUACGCAUAUAUUGGACCACAAGAAACAUGUGUUCACGAGGGCCGAAUGGCAGCUGCAUUUAAUUUACCAAUGAUAUCAUAUUUUUGCACACAUCAUGAGACGUCGCGAAAAAAAGAUUUUCCAACAUUUGCACGAACACGACCGCCAGACACACAAAUUUCCAAAUCAGUGGCAUCAUUGCUGCUGGCAUACAAUUGGACUCAGGUGACAUUUUUGUACUUGGAUUCAUUGAAUGAAGGCUUUGGUGCGGUCGCUGAAACCGUGCUUAACACACUGAGAGCGGCCGGAGUUAAAGUGCAAUCAACGUUUACAUGGAACACAGUCUACCAUCAUGGUUACAUGAAAAAUCCAUUUGAAGAAUUAGUCGAACGAACUUAUAUUGACACACGAAUUUAUGUGAUUUUGGGCCAUCACUAUGAACAUGUCGGUUUAAUGCUUAGCUUGAAGCAAAAAGGCCUCUUAGACAAGGGCGAAUACUUUGUCGUUGGCAUCGAUAUUGAACAGUACGAUGCAUCUGCACCCGAUAAAUAUCUACGUGGUUUACUUCAGGACAAAACCGACGAUGACUGUAUCAUUGCAUUUAAAUCGUAUUUGGGCAUUGUGCCAUCACCACCAAUUCAUUUCGACGAAUUUGCCCGACAGGUGAAUCAUCACAUGGAACUCCCACCGUUUAACUAUCCAAAUCCGUUGGGUCUUUUUGGCGGCGCAAAACAGAUUCGUGCUGAGGCUGCAUAUCUGUACGAUGCAGUGCACUUGUAUACCAAAGCAUUGAUUCGUGUGCUCGAAGCAAAGGAGAAUCCACGAAAUGGUACAGCCAUCAUCAAUUCAUUGAAAGGAAGUAGCUAUUUAAGUGCCAUGGGCUAUCAUGUGUACAUCGAUGAAAAUGGUGAUGCAGCCGGAAAUUAUACAAUAUUAGCGUUGAAGAAAGACCACCGCCAAGACAGUAAUUUAUCAAUGACAUACGGAUUAUAUCCAAUCGGUACAUUCGGUUUGCCCGACAGUAAUCAGAUACCACUGAUGAUCCAGGAUUUACAAUUAUUCGACGAAAUUCGAUGGGUUGGUAAUGGACCACCGGUGGCCGAGCCAAAGUGCGGUUUUCGCGGACAAAAGUGUAUCAGUCACACCGGAGAAAUAACGGCAGCCAUUGCUGGUGGUUCACUACUCUUACUAGGUAUUGUAUCAUUAGUGCUUUAUAGAAAUUGGAAGUAUGAACAGGAACUCGAUAGUCUAUUGUGGAAAGUCGACUAUAAGGAAAUACAAUUGCAUGAAAAUGAAAAAGAAAACAAUUGUCAAAAGCAAACUAGAGCAACUCAUCCACUUAUUCGUACUAGUCAAGUUAGUUUAAGCUCGAAUCCGGAUGCAGAUUUCCGUUAUUCAACCAUUUUUACACCGAUCGGCCUGUACAAAGGCCAAUUGUACGCCAUUAAAACCGUACGCAAGAAGAGCAUCGACAUCACACGCGAAAUGAAAAAGGAACUCAAAUUGAUUCGCGAUUUGCGACAUGAUAAUAUCUGCGCAUUCAUCGGCGCUUGCACUGAUCCACCGAAUAUUUGCAUCCUCACCGAGUAUUGUACACGUGGAAGCCUAAAGGAUGUUCUCGAAAACGAAGAUGUAAAAUUGGACAAUAUGUUCAUCGCAUCGUUGAUAGCCGAUAUUAUACGGGGAAUGAUUUAUUUGCACGAGUCACCAUUGAAGUAUCAUGGCUUACUGUGUACGUCGAAUUGCCUCAUCGAUUCACGGUGGGUAGUUAAGCUCAGUGAUUUUGGACUGCAGGCAUUCAAAAAAGGCGCCGAAGAUCCACCAAAUCUACAAACAAUGGCUGCUAAAUGUCAAAAGUUACUGUAUCGAGCGCCUGAACUGUUGCGAUCUGGUCCAGCUAAUAUGGUUCCAGGUACUCCAAAAGGUGAUAUAUAUUCAUUUGGUAUAAUUUUGUAUGAAAUUCACACGCGACACGGCCCAUUCGGAGAUACUGGUAUUAGUGUUAUGGAUUGUUUAAGAAAAGUGCUGCAACCAAAUGAUUUCAAUGAACCGUUUCGACCUCCACUACAACCGCUUGAUUCAUCAUUUGACUGUGUACGUGAGUGUUUGAAGGAUUGCUGGGCCGAGAAACCAGAAGAUCGACCGGAUUUCAAGGCAAUUCGUACCAAACUGCGACCCCUUCGCAAAGGAAUGCGCCCAAAUAUCUUUGAUAAUAUGAUGGCGAUGAUGGAAAAGUACGCCAACAAUUUGGAACAAUUGGUGGAUGAGCGCACGGAUCAACUGCAGGAAGAGAAAAAGAAAACCGAAGCUUUGCUACUAGAAAUGCUGCCACGGCCAGUUGCCGAGCAACUGAAAAAGGGAAACAAAGUCGAAGCCGAAACAUAUGACAUGGUAACCAUUUACUUCAGUGAUAUUGUGGGUUUCACAGCGAUGUGUGUGGAAAGUACGCCGUUACAAGUCGUUGAUUUUCUAAAUGAUUUGUACACAUGUUUCGAUUCAAUCAUUGGAAAUUAUGAUGUUUACAAAGUGGAGACGAUUGGCGAUGCUUAUAUGGUGGUUUCUGGCUUACCCAUUCGCAAUGGUAUCAUCCAUGCGGCGGAAAUAGCAUCGAUGUCACUGCAUUUGUUGAGUGCCGUUUCCGAAUUUAAAAUUAGACAUCGGCCCGAUGAUCGACUUCUGCUUCGUAUUGGCAUCCAUUCAGGACCUGUCUGUUCGGGUGUGGUUGGCCUGAAAAUGCCCAGAUACUGCUUGUUCGGUGAUACUGUGAACACAGCCUCACGCAUGGAAUCAUCUGGUGAACCAUUGCGAAUCCACUGUAGCAGCACAUGCAAACAACUACUGGAUAAACUGGGUGGUUAUCAUUCAGAGGAACGUGGCGAAAUUCAAAUAAAAGGCAAAGGAAAACAAGUGACGUAUUGGUUGCUAGGUGAAGAUUUACAUGCUCACGAUACACGCACCAAGGCACGAACUGAGCGCCGUGGCUCAAGAGCUCUGGUCAAAGCGCAUCUGCAGCAAGGAAUGAAAAAUAUCAAUGUUAUUGUGGGACCAAAGAGUUCAUUGAAAAACCGUGAUAACACUAUACCACGCACCUCACUAACACGAUCAUCAAGCUUGGAAUCGCCAAAGAAACUCCGAUUCGCCACUGGCUCACAGCUCGAGAACUAUCGCUAUCACAGGUAUAGUGAUGAUGCUCUAAUGGAAGUGAUAUCCGACUGUGGUCUUCGAAAAUCGCGCAGUAGUUCAGUUGUUUGUGAUGACCUAACAUCAUCUUGUCCGUGCAUUGAUCAUCUUGAAAAAGUAUCAGCCGUCACUGCCGAAAUGCAUCCGUUGAAUUCAUGUCUAAAUGCAAAUACCCCAUUGCUACUCAAUCAUGUGUCUACCUAAAUGUUCACAAUCAUUCAAAACAAAACGAUAAAAACAUCCAUUUGUCUAUUUAGAAACAAAAUAAACAAUUACUUUAUCUGUGUAUAUAUCGUAAAUGGUACAUUUUUGACCGACCUCGCAUCUCAAGAAAAUUGUAAUAUUUAUUAAAUAUGUAAUAAUAAAUAACUCUUAAAUGUGCAGAAA